GUUGGACGCGUUUCACGAUAGUGGUCUCGUGGAUAAUCGACUGAAAUUUGUAAACUUUAGUUUUAUUGUCCAUAAUUAUAAUUUAAAAACUUCGAGAGAAUGGAUGCUUUGGCGACGGGAAACUUGACAGGUUCGCAGCGGGACGAGCUGAUGCAACAAGUGAAGCAGCAAAUAGCAGUCGCUAAUGCUCAGGAAUUGCUCACGAAAAUGACGGAAAAAUGCUUUAAAAAAUGUAUUAGCAAGCCGGGCACCUCGCUGGACAGCUCAGAACAAAAAUGUGUUGCAAUGUGUAUGGAUCGAUACAUGGACUCAUUUAAUCUUGUAUCAAAAACUUACAGCGAACGACUGCAAAGAGAACGCAAUAGAAUGUAAAUACAGGAAUUUUUUGAAAUAUAUUGUUACUUGUUACAUAUACUGUAAUUUAAUUAUGACACCAUUGCAGUGUCACAUACUGUCUGUUAGUUAUAUAUUCUUUGUACAUAGCCAGGUAAAAGGUACAUUAUCGCAUUACUAUAUUUAUAGUU